AUGGCAGAAACCGUUUCAAUCCUUGAUAGAUUGAAUACGCUUGCCAAGAAAACACCUGUAAAUAACAGAUCCAUCUUCACCAAAGAUGUGGUCAACCACUGGGAUUCAAGCAAUCGAGUUUUAUACUCCCAAUUUCAAGCACUUGAAUCUGAUGAAGAAAGAGAGAAAUGGCUUAAGCGUUUUUUUAUAGAAUUAUUCCAAAUACUAUUACAAGAAAACACACCAGAAAGAAACAAUUUCCCGAUUGUUGCGAUUGCUACUUUCAUCAAUGACAUUUCUAAAUUAACUCCAACUGCAUCAAAAAUUCCGACGAAAUCAUUAAUGGGAAAGAUGUUUAUUGCCGCAUCCCUUGUUGUUCCGUCCUUAACUAUUGAUAGAUCAGACGAUCUGCUAACUCUCACUAAGGCAAUUCCAAAUAUUCAUGAAGAAGUCUUUAAAUUCAGUUGGAUAUCUACCAAGUUAACAAUAAAACCCCAAACUACACUGUUAAGACACCUGAUGAAGAAAUCAAAAUAUGAAUUAAAGAAAUUCAACCUGUUUUUUGAAAAUUCAGUUGGUUAUUCUCAAUUAUCAAUACUUUUCUUUACAGCAUAUUCUGAUCAAGAUCGAUUACAAAAAUUAGAGUUUUAUUUGGAACAAAUGUAUUCCAUUAUCGGACAAUACUCCUUAGAUUCAAUGAGAUGUCUGGAUUUGUUUCUAUUGAUCUCUAACGAAUAUGUCACUGAACAUUAUCAUUUUAUGCUGAAAUUCUUACAAUUAUCUGAUUACUGGCCAUUAGAAGGUAGGCUAGAAAAUAUAAUAGCGUCAAAUCUGAUUGCCUUCUUCUUGGUUGAAGGUGAAAAGAAAUACAAGAAAGGAGCUGAAAACGAUCAGAAGUCGAGCACGUAUUUGGAUAUGUGCUGUAUACUGAUCAAGAAUGGAUUUAUUAAUUUCAAUACCCUUUGGAAUAACUUAGGUCCAACUAUUGAAGAAUUAGAAACAUCUUUAGAUGAUUUUGAAAAACACUUAGAGGAAGAAUCUAUGAAAGGGAUUGAAAAUCCACUGGCUAUGGCUGCUGCAUUGUCAAUGAAAGAUGAUGAUUACGACCCAAGACAUGAUCCUGAACAAACAAAGACUGAAAGCGAAGAACAGAAGAAGAGUGAAGUACAGAAGGAGUCCAAACAAAACACUAAAGCGGAAGAAAAUAUUCUCAAGGUCAUAAAUAGCGGAAAGAUUAAACUUUUGAAGAGAGUGCUGGUCCACGGUUAUUUACAACCAAUUAUUCCAAUUUUACAAAGAUACCCAAGGAUAAUACACAUAGAUGAUGAACUUCCCAGAUUAGUCUCAAGAAUAUUAUCUCAAAUGAUCUUACCAUUAUACAAUAAGACAAAGUUCGGAAACUUAUCUUCUUCACCCUUAAGUAACAGCUCUCGUGUAACAAGGAUUGACAAUGAAUUGCUUUCUACUAAACCUAGAUUGAUUGAUGAACUUAGAACUCAUGAUCCAUUUCAAGAAUUUGAAUUCAAUACAGUUUUCACUUUUUACUAUCCUGAAUGGAAAGAUGGUAUAUCAGAUGUGGAAACUAUUGAAGAUCUAAUUAAGAGGAGUCAUGAAUUAUUUACCUUAGUAGGUCCUUCCUUAGCGAAAGAUCCACAGUUCAUAGCAAAAAUAUGCCGUAUUGGAAUUUUUGAUAUCAAUGAGGAUGGAUCUUCGACAGAAGUUAUUGCUAAAUGGAUCGAUUAUGCUAGAAAAUUUCUAUUUCCUACCAUUCCGGUUUUAGGUAUUAAUCCCAUUGCUGCCACUGAAAUAUAUGAAUUGAUGAAAUAUUUCCCGUUUGAGAGAAGAUAUUUCAUGUAUAAUGAAAUGAUAACAAAAUUGUCACAAGACUCUUUAAUCAUCAAGGUUGGUUUUAAUAAAGCUGAAAGAGAUGCUAAAAAUAUCUUGAAGGCAUUGAGUACAGAUACAGUUGACAAGGAGGCAAGGAAUUUGUCAAAAUUGAUUUCCACGAACCCUUUGGCUACUCUAGUUCAUACCGUAAAACAAAUUGAAAAUUAUGAUAAGGUUUCUGAAUUGGUCGUUAUAACAACCAAAUUUUUUAAUGAUUUCGCCUACGAUGUUCUUCAGUAUGUGUUAUUAUUAAGGCUAACUCAUCCAAGAAAUGCAGUACAAGAGGAUGGUGUCAACCAAGCAAUGUGGGUCCAGCGUUUAUCUGUAUUUAUCGCCGGUCUAGCAAAACGAUGUCCCAAGAUGGACCUAACGAAUAUUGUUACCUAUCUCGUGAAGACGCUGCACGCAGGUAAUGUGAUUGCAGUCUCCAUUUUAAAGGAGUUAAUCGUAACAGUUGGUGGUGUAAGAGAUUUUAAUGAAGUCAAUAAAAAACAAUUGAUAAUGCUAAACUCAGGGAACCAAGUCAAACGUGGUGGUAGAAAAUUAAUAUUUGAUUUCAGGGAUGAUAAUGUUGAGUUAGCUUCAAAUUUACUCUCUUUGUUCGUUGCUCAAGAUUCCAUCUCUGAGAUAAUUUUGUUGUUAUAUAAUUUGAAUCUGGAAGUUAACACAGGGACAUCUCAUUAUAAGAUUCUGUCAUCAAGAUGUGAUGAAAUGAAUACGCUCUUAUGGUCAUUUAUUGAGUUAAUUAAAUUCUGUUUGACUAACGAGGACUUCGAAAAGAAUAUCCUGCCAUUUGAUGUAUUUAUUAAUGAAUUCCAUAUGUCUUCCGCGUGGGUAUUCCACAUUUGGAGAGAUUAUUUUGAUAGUCAAUAUAGGAAAUUGGAAGAAUCUCCCGAGAAAGAAAGGGAUACAAAAAUUAACAUUCAGCACAUGGAUAAAGUACUUAAUGGAACUCAAUAUACAGGUGUCAACUUCGAACAAUUGUCAAAGGAUUUGUUUAUCACAUUCUGGAGAUUAUCGCUAUAUGAUAUUCAUUUUGACAAAGGAUUAUAUGAUGAGAAUAAGGUUUCCCUGGAAAAUGAAAUUUCCCCAACUCUAUCUUCUAGAAAGAGGCAUACCCUAAAAAACCAAAUUAAAGAAACAUUCGUUGAUCGUAUCUCACAUCAAAGAACUUUUAAUAAGACAAUUCAAAUGCUAAGUGAUAAAUCAAAGAUUUGGUACGAGAACUUUGAUAAUUCUGAAAUUAUAGCGUUUUUGCAAGCAUGCAUUAUUCCAAGGGCGUUAUUCACUCCAUCUGACGCUCUCUAUGCUUCGUAUUUCUUACUUCAGGUCUUUCCAUUAGAUCAGUUAAUGAAAAUAUAUGAAAUACUGUUCGGUUCUAGGAUUUUAUCGAAUUUAUUGUUUAGUUGCACUAGCUUUGAAGCCAGUAACUUGGGGAUGUUUUUUGCAAACAUAUUUGAAUCAAUGGAGCAAACGAGACAAACGCAAGAUUUACCUUCAGAAUAUAGAAUCAAAAUAUAUGAAUGGUAUAGCAGUUUAACGGAGCAAUUGUGUGAAUUAUUAGGUGAGAAAAAUUACAUGUCCAUUAGAAAUGGUAUUGAAUUCAUGAAACAAACAUCUGCCAUAUUUCCAAUCGUUGACUCACAUGUUACGGUUGUUAUUGGUAGUUUGGAGAAGAAUUUAGUUGACGAGGAGCGUGAAGAUAUAAAGCUUCCAAGUAACGCCCUCUUAGGCCAUUUAAAGGCUCGUCUCAGGAAAAAUGUGGUCAAGGACGAAGAUAUGAUCCAAUUAAGUGAGCAUGAAUUAAAACUCAAGCAAUUGCAUGAUUCUGAACUCCAGGAGAUUAAAGAUUACGAAACAUUAGUUGCUAAUGAGAAAAAACAAGUUGAAUUAAGGAAACAAAUAGAACAGCAUAAACUCAAUAGAAAGGCUGCCGAAGAAGUUCAACCUCAAAGUGAUAACGAGAGAAAUGAAAAUAUGGAUGACGAAGCUAAAAACUUUGACUGGCCACUAGGUAAAGUUUUGAAGUAUAUUGAUGGAGUUUGCUACGAUCUUAACAACGGGCUGCUAUCUAGAGCCACUGAAGUUAUUGAUGAUAAAGUUGAGCAAGACAAGUUGCAGCAAUUAAUGAAACAAGACAUUUCAAAUGCUGAAUUUAGGGUGGCAGUUUACGACUGUUUCAAAAGAUAUUUUGUUUCUUUAGUCAAAUGGCCUAACAAUCCUGAAUUUACCGAGAAAUUAGCCAACUUGAAGCAAACGUCACAACAUAUAGUCCGUGACAUGGAUACUGCCUCAGCAGAUUUAUACUCAGAUUCCACGGCAGCAUCGUCCAAUAGAACCAGCAGAUAUAAUGUAUCUGAUGCCUCGAAGGAGAAGGAGCCUCCAAAAUCAUACAGAACUAAGUAUGCAGGCGAUAGAGAUUCUAAGAAAGAUGGAUCUAAAAGCCCAAGGGGAUAUCAAAGAGAACCAAGGACAGUACCCAAAGAACCUGUGUCAUUCAAGAGCACCCAACCAGGUGGCACUUUGGACAGAACGAAGACUCAACAAAAUAGAACAUCAGGCCAGGGACAAGGAAGAACGUUUGCCCCAGAAAAGAGAGAUAGAACAAGUAGAGAAUCUACCAGGGCAACCGAUUAUUCUCGUCCUAGGAAUAUUCCAGAGAAGCCGUCACGCGACUCAUUCAAGAAUCCAAAUGAUAUAGCUCCACGUCAAAUGAGAAGCUUUGGAAGGGAAUCAAAGAAGCAUAACACUCCUCCUCCUUUUGAUGAUAGGGGUGCGAAGAGAUAUAAGCAAGAAGAGCGUGGUAGUAGAGAGUCACAAUACAGAAACGCUCCUAGAGAUAGUUUAAAGGAUAGUUCUAGGUAUAACAGGCCUGGUCAGGACAGCGGUGGAAAUAGCAAUAAAAAAAAAGAUGACACACCAAGACUACCACAAGGACCGAAAGGUGCAGGCUCUGGGCCCAGUAGUAGGUACCAAAGGUGA